UAAACAUGAAGUUCUUCAUUUUUACCUGCCUUUUGGCUGUUGCUCUUGCAAAGCAUAAUAUGGAGCGCCUCUCCCCCAGUGAGGAAUCUGUCAAAAUCUCCCACGAAAAAUUUAAGCAGCAAAAGAAUGUGGUCAUUCCUCCCAAUAAGGAGAGUAUUUAUUCCACAUCCUGUGAGGAAACCACAAGAAACAUAAAUGAAAUGGAAUCUGUUGCAGCUUCCACAGAGAAAGAAAGAAAGGUAGCAGAAGAAAAGCACCACCUAAAACAACUGAACAAAAUCAACCAAAUUUAUCAGAAGUGGAACUUCCUCCGACAUCUUCAGGCUCUUCGUCAACCCCAAAUUUUUGUGAACCCAUUGGGUCAGGUUAAGACAAGUGCCUUCCCCUUUAUUCCCAUUGUAAACAGAGAACAGCUGUUCACCAGUGAGGAAAUCCCAAAGAAGACUGUUGAUAUGGAAUGGUCUGAAGUAGUCGCUGAGAAAAAUGAGCUGAAUGAAGAAGAAAAGAAUUACUUAAAACUUCUGUAUUAUCAGAAGUUCACCUUGCCCCAAUAUCUCAAGAUUGUUCGUCAACAGACAACUAUGAAUCCGUGGAGUUACAUUAAGACAAAUGCUUACCAAGUUAUCCCCUUUCUGAAGUACUUUUAAGAUUCUUGAAUUAACUGUUUCUACUUGACUUUGGUUUGACUGGAAAAUCUACCUUCUACAGUUUCUUAGCUACUAUAUUACUUCAUACCGCUAGCAUGUUUGGAGAGGCCUAUUAAUAAGGCAGAAAUAUCAAGCCAAAUGAAGACUGUGCAGAAUAUUUUCUGGAUUGUUUAUGCUCUUCCUGUAGUUCGUGUUGAAUAUGCUGGGUCUGUAUUGUGGUUUCAUACAAACCAGGCUGAUGACUAUUUAAGAUGUUUUCACCCCUCUUUCUGAAUUGUAGAACCACAUU